GUGAGGAAUCACUAUUUAUUGCAGUCAUAAUUAAUAUUUUCAUUUAUGCUCUAGUUAUAAUUUUUCUUAUUUUCAAUGAAGCAUUGGUCCCCUAAAAUUAUUUGUAACUGGUCUAAGGUGAUGUUACAUGCCAUUGAGACUCCCUUGGAGUAAUAUACAAUUAGCUAUUUGCUUUCUGUAUUAAGUAGAUGGAAAUUAGUUCAUUUAUUACGUAGUGCACCAAAGCGACGAUCUAAAUCUUUCUCUUGACUGUCUUGUACAGGAAUACUAGCUCUUGUGGAUGGCAUUUCCAAAUUAAUAUCUAAUCCUGCUUCAUCUGCAAGUUGGUGCAUAAAUCUGUCAAUUUGGUCUUGAGGUGCAAAACUAGAUGCCUGCAUCAUUGACGUAUCCAUUGUCAUGGUUUGCACAUCUAAAUCUAAACAUUCUUGUUCAAAUUUAUCCAAUACUUUGCAUAAUUCUUCAAGAUUCAUAGAUUUCAAUGCAACUUCCAUAGCUCUGCUAACUUUUUCUAGAGAACGGCUAGCGUGUUGCAUUGUGGAAGUGUAUUGCACCCUUGAAGCAACACUGUCUAGUCGAACGCUCAUAUUUAAAAAAGUAAUUGCUUGGUUUUUGUGUCGAAUUGCGUUUUCGGCGUGAAUUCUCGCAAUUUCCAUGUUACCCUGACGAAUGGCUUUCUUACAUUUCUCUUUUUCCGAACCAUGACUUUUUUCCGACUUACUGGAAUUUCUUGCCAUUUGUUUUGAUGCAAACUUUAAAUUAAAAAUAUGUCUAUCCAUGGCGAAUCGCAGAUUUCAUGCCAAGAAUUUGAAAAUUCAUUAAAUACCCCGUCGUCUCUCCAUUUACAAAAUUUGUAAAAUCUUUCAUUUUGGACAAUUUUGUUUGUUUAUCACACACAGGUAAUACUGACUACACGGACACGUUACGCACGCGAUGCAUGUCGGCAGGAGCAUUUUAUGUUUGGCGUCGAAUGUUCAUAAAAGUUGGAAAUUGUGGGCUUCUGAGUCCUACAGAGUAUUCGGCUGGUAUUCAAUUCGGGGCCUCGUCUGCACGGCACGAAUUUAGUGUCACUUGACAUUAUCAUGGUGGAAAUAACACCAUGGCGUUCUAUGCCAAAGAGAAUUAAGUACGAUUAAGUACCGUCAGAUUUAAAUAUAGUGUCUCUUUAAGGUCACACUCUGCAAGGAGACGGGAACACUGUCAUUGAAUUGGAAGCUUCGUUAUGUCUUACAUGUUUUAGAUUAAAGCUUCCGAUUGGAUAGCAGUUCCAAGUUGAAGAGAGACUAUGUUAAUUUUUAUAAGUUCUCUCCUGCCGCGUCGCAAACGUGUUGAUAAUCUGGGAACACUGUUGAUAUCACAGAGCACCCACGCUAGUUUGUCUAUGGCAAAGAGUCUAUGGUUGUUAUCGUGAAGCAGUUGUGGUGCGUUGCAUUGUGACGGUUUAGAAUGAUCUCAUGAAUUGCCAUGAACUGUGUUCGUUUGAUGAAAGAUCACGAACUGAAGUAAAUGUAAAUGUUGGACCUUCAACCUUGCUUUGUCAAAAUUUCAUUUAGUGGGGCAAAUCCUAAAUAUUACUUGUGUUUUUAACCUAUCACGUCAUGUUUUAUCACAUAUCUCUAGAACAUGAAAUUCUCCUUCAUCCUCGAUAUUUUGGACCACAAUUGUUGGAGACUGUUAAGCAGAAACUGUAUACCGAAGUGGAAGGAACGUGUACUGGAAAAUAUGGCUUUGUAAUUGCUGUGACAACUAUUGAUAACAUUGGAUCGGGUUUAAUUCAGCCUGGUCAAGGUUUUGUGGUUUAUCCUGUAAAAUAUAAAGCUAUUGUAUUCCGCCCAUUCAAGGGUGAAGUCCUAGAUGCAGUUGUUACACAAGUCAACAAGGUUGGCAUGUUUGCUGAAAUAGGCCCAUUGUCGUGUUUUAUCUCACAUCAUGUAGUUCGUAUGGCGUUUGUUCAGCAGAUUUUGGUGUUGUUUCAGUCCAUUCCUGCUGAUAUGCAGUUCUGCCCGAAUUCAAACCCGCCUUGUUACAAAUCCAAAGAAGAGGAUGUUGCAAUUACCCAAGAUGAUGAAAUUAGACUGAAAAUUGUUGGCACAAGAGUUGAUGCAUCUGGAAUAUUUGCAAUUGGUACACUCAUGGAUGACUACUUAGGAUUGGUGUGCAGUUAGUCCAUGAUCUACCUGUGGAUUUUUUAUGUGAAGGAAUGAAGAAAAUUUAUGUAUUAAUAAUGUCAAGUUUUUGUGAAUUGUAACUGAAAUAAAGAUUUUUGUUUGUAUGUUGUGUUUUACUUACAAGAACAUAUAUAGUUACCUUUUUUUACUAAGCAACUAAAUGAAUGGCUUUUAAUAUUACUAAUUUUUAGAGAAUGUAUUAAAGCUCUUUCCAUAUUUACCCGAUUAUAAGAUGACCCCCUUAUUUUGAAGAGGUCUCGAGAAUUUUUUAUAUUUUUAACUAAUUCUUACUAUUCAGCCAAAAUUAAAUUACUAAAUGUAUAUUGACUAGAAAAAU